UUGGUUUCUUCUCUUGUUUCUCUUAAUCAUUUAAGAGUUUAUUUUGCCCAAACAUUCAUAUAGGACUAGAUGAGACGAUGCCAUCUGGCGGCAGAUUAGAGAACGAGGAGGUGAUAAAAGCUCCAAACCACUGAGCAGUGAUUGACGGCAAUGCCGGAGAAGAUGGCGGAGAAGGAGGAGCAAGGCGGAUCAGGAGUAGUGGUGGUGGAUCCGAAGCCGAGUAAGGGGUUCACUUCGAAGGCGGUGGAUUGGCUGGAGAAGCUGAUAGUGAAGUUGAUGUACGAUUCUUCACAGCCUCUCCACUACUUGUCUGGAAACUUCGCUCCGGUUCGCGACGAGACUCCGCCGUGCAAGAACCUUCCGGUCAUUGGGUAUCUUCCGGAGUGCCUGAAUGGAGAGUUUGUCAGGGUUGGCCCCAACCCUAAGUUUUCCCCUGUGGCUGGAUAUCAUUGGUUUGAUGGAGAUGGCAUGAUUCAUGGUUUGCGCAUCAAAGAUGGAAAAGCUACAUAUGUCUCACGUUAUGUUAGAACAUCACGUCUUAAACAAGAAGAGUAUUUUGGAGGAGCAAAAUUCAUGAGGAUUGGUGAACUUAAGGGCCUGUUUGGAUUGCUUAUGGUUAACAUGCAAAUGCUGAGAGCAAAAUUGAAAAUAUUGGAUGUUUCAUAUGGAACUGGAACAGGUAAUACAGCUCUAGUGUAUCACCAUGGUAAGCUUUUGGCACUUUCGAAGGCUGAUAAACCUUAUGUCCUAAAAGUUUUGGAAGAUGGAGAUCUGCAAACCCUGGGCAUGCUGGAUUAUGAUAAGAGAUUGACCCAUUCCUUCACUGCUCAUCCAAAGGUCGACCCCUUCACUGGUGAAAUGUUUACCUUUGGCUAUUCACAUACACCUCCUUAUAUUACAUACAGAGUUAUCUCGAAGGAUGGUUUCAUGCAUGAGCCAGUGCCGAUAACAAUUUCAGAUCCUAUCAUGAUGCAUGAUUUUGCCAUUACUGAGAAUUAUGCAAUUUUCAUGGAUCUUCCUUUGUAUUUCAAACCAAAGGUUCAGGAUAACUGGUGCAUAUGGAACAAGUUAGCUCACUUGCAUCACACUUCCAACUCAUGCUCUUAUUAGCAUAUUGUUCAUACUUUGUCUUCACUAUUCAGUAGAAGAACAACAUACCACUUGAGCAAGGAGCACAUAUUACUAAAUCUAUGAAAUAGUUGGUUAAUUCUUGUCUCUCAAGUUUCUUGAUCUUGGGAAUCUAAAUGCUUUGGAGUGCAAAAAUAAUAGUAGUGGCAUAUCUCCUUCAUUUUUAUUGAGAGGCAAGUUGGUAUGGGGAGAGUACAAAACAAGGAGAGCUAGUAGGACCGUUCUUCCCAUUCCUGCCAUGGUGGAGAAAAAGAGAUGAUGGAGAGAUAGCAUCAUUAUCACUAGAAAAACUACAUCAACAACAUCCAUUACUUCUGUGAUUUGCUCAUCCUUUUAUUUUCCUUGAGAUGAUGAAUAUGUCACUGCAUCUAUCUUGAUUGGGAUUUACAUCUGUGUAACAUUUUUUUUCCAAAAGAGGAGUCUCAGGAGCUUACUUAUCUUAAUUUGGAGGGGUGACAUAAGGAGCAUUAGCAAGGCAAUUCUUCUCAUUCCUGCAAUGAUGGAGAAACUCAAAAGUUGGAGAAACUUAAAAGAUAUGUUAAGGAGGUAGCAACCAAUUCAAAGAACUUGAGAGGUAGCAUCCAAUAUGUAUUCACCUUACUACAUCGAAGAAUUUAACAUUUUGGGAUUUAGAUCUAUAUAACAUCUCUUCCAAAAGAGGGGCCUCAAGAGCUUACUUAUCUUAAUUUGGCCAAUUCCAAAAGGGAAAUGUCAAGGAUUGGACAAAUGCUUUUCAAUAUGCAAGAAUAUAAUAUUGACAUGUUAUGGGUAACCAGUGCAAAUAGAAAGAGUUAGCCAACCAAUUCUAUCCUGAGGCUUUGCAUAUUGUCUAUAUAUAACAUGUCUUCAUUAUUCAGGAGGGGUGAAAUAAGGAGCACUAGCAAGGCGAUUCUUCUCAUUCCUACCAUGAUGGACAAAAUCGAAAGUUAGAGAAACUUAAAACAUAUGUUGAGGAGGUAUUGGAACAGCCAAAUAAACAAAAACACCUUCAUUCUUGCCAUGACUUUCUUUUCUUUUUAUUCUCCUUGAGAGUCACAUCUAUAUCUUAAGGAUCCACAAUACCAUUUCCCUCAUUUCCUUUCUCCUUCUCAUAUCCCACUAUAGUCUAUGCAUACUGAUAGCAUCAAAAGAAUCGAACAUCUGUUCUAGAAAAAGGGUUGUGCUAUGUUACUUCUCUCUUGAAUUUUGACAGGUAUAAUAUGUCAUUGUCUAUUUGUCCAAGUCUAGAUAUUCAAAGUGUAGAUACUAAUGGUGGUGGAAUUUUGUCUUAGAGAAUUUUGGCAAGUUAGAAUUUUUUUGGAUGAAGAUAGCAACCAAUUCUGAGAACUUGAGAGGUAACAUCCAAUAUGUAUUCACCUUACUACAUCAGAGAAUCAAACACUUUGGGUAUGUGCUUAUUAUUAAACUAGAUGGUAGGUCACAUCACUAAGCUUAUUAUUAUUCAUUGCUAAGCUUGAAAUCACUGCUAGAGGGAUAUCAAAAGGAAGCAAGUGCAGAUUGAUCAAAUGACUUAUCAUGUCUCAAGAACUCAUAUCUACUAUUCUCAAAUAGCUAAUGCACAAAGAACACGUUCUCUCUUUUCAAUUCAAGUGUGCUAUCCACAAUGCAUCUUUUCAGGUUUGCUAUGUCAACUUCUUUUACUUCUUUUGAUGGUUACUUCAUAUCUUAUUUUACAAUCAAUCUCUUCCAAUUCUUAUUUUUCAAGUUAUGUACGAGUGUUGCAUAUGGAAUGCAUCAGCUCACUUACAUCAUUGUGUCUAUUAUUUAGGUAUGUCGAUCCAACCUCUCCUCCCAUCUCUAAACUCUUUAUAGCUUAGUUCUUUACAAUCAUUUUCGUAAGAACUAAUAAAGUCUAAAUUUCAAUUAUUGUAUUUUAGUUGUUUAAGGCAAUAAAACAGCAACAAGUUGAGUGAGUGGCUCACACUACCAAAUUGAAGUAUGUCAUUCAGUUUACUCUCAGGUGUUGUAGACCUAGUAUAUAAUUCUUAACUCAGAACAAGUAAUAUGAUGUUGAGUAUGAAUGUUCUCUUCUAUGAAAUGAGAGUAAUAAUUCCUUGAUCCUUUGUUAUUCUUCUCUUAGGAAGAAUUAUGUUGUCUACUACUAGAGGAAGAAGAUACUAGAACGCAAUACUGAGAGAGGGUAAAAUUUUCUUUGGAGUUUCUUUGUAAUUUCAUUGUAAGAUCAUCUCAUCUCCAAAGUGAAAAAACUCUUGAUUAUAA